AUGCGUUUAUUAUGCGUAAUCGUCCUGUUAGCGAUUGUGAGCGCCAUAUUUGCUGUAUCGUCACCACUGGACUCUGAAGAGCCCUCCGAAAGAUCACUGCGAGUGAAACGCCAAUGGGGUUGGGGUGGACCUUGGGGUGGAAUGGGUGGAAUGGGUGGAUGCUGUGGUUGCUGUGGUGGUGGUGGUGGAUUUGGUGGAUGGGGUGGUGGAUGGGGCUACCCCUUCGGAGGAAUGUUUGGUCGCUAG